AUGGAGGCGGAGGACGGCGAGUACCGCAGGGCGGAGUCCGCGGAGGACGCGAUGCUCGACUGCGCACGCUACAACGACGGCGACGACUCCCAACAACUCCACGACGCCCUCGUCCAUAAUUCACAUCUCGUCGCCGCGCAGGAUCAACAGGGCCGCACCGCCAUGCACUUGGCAGCCGCAAACGGUCACAUCGCCAUCAUGCACACACUUGCAGAGUUUGGCGCCGCACCGGAUGUGCCCAAUCAUGAGGGAAACACCGCCCUUCACUUUGCGGCUCUUAAUAAUCAAGUCAGCGCAGCGCGGCUGCUGAUCAAGUGGGGAUGGCACGCCUCGGCGAAGAAUUUGUUCGGAAAGACGCCACUGCAGUUAAUCUAUGGUAAACAGUUUGAGGAAAUGGAGACAUUGCUUCUGAAUCAUGAUGAUGAAGUAGAAAUCUGCGUUGGAGAAAUGGUAAUGGCGGACGAGGAAUCUUUAGAGGGAGGUGUGGAGGAGACACAGUACAGUAAUUGUGAACACAAUGGUAAUAGUAAUAAUAAUAAUAGUAAUGGUAGUGCUGGUUCCGCCUUUUGUAUUGGGGGUGCAGUACUUCCCUCUAGUGAAGGAAUACCAACUCCUCCUCCUCCUACUACUACUACUACUACUACUACUACUACUGCUGCUAUAGUUGAUGCGCCACCCAAAGAUAUUAAUCCUACAAAUCUUUUGGGCUCGUCAGAUGUUGACGGGAUUGAAUAG